AGAAGAAUCAAAAAAUUCCAUUACAUAGUAACACACAAUCGACACAUCUGGCUCAAAUUUUUAUUUAUCUUAUUUUGAUUUUCCAAUUUUAAUCGUAAAUUAUUUUGUUAAUUCGGUGGUGCCCUACGGUUUAUAGUUUUCCUAAUUUAUUUAAAAACAAUUUUCCCGUGAACAAUCCAGUAUAAAGCUUAUUCAAAUGGCUGAUUCGAACGUAUCUGAUGAAAUGAAACAAUGCUACGAAAAUUUAAUUGUAAUCGAUUGCGGAGCAAAUCUAACAAACAAGAAAUACAGUCGUGACUUAGACUCUGUCGUUCAAAGGGCUCAAGAUGCUGGAGUCCAAAAGAUUAUGGUCCCUGGAACAUCAGUCAAAUCAAGCAAAGAGGCCUUGCGAUUAUCGAGAUUGUAUCCUGGAGUGAUUUACUCAACAGCAGGAAUUCAUCCACACGAUUCAAAAUCGAUAAUCGAGGAACCAAAGAGUUGGUUUGAAUUCGAAACCAUUGCUCAGUCAUUAGAAUGCGUAGCUAUUGGACCGUGCGGUCUAGACUAUCAACGCGAUUUCUCAGAGCCAGAUGUACAAAAGGAAAUAUUUGAGAAACAAAUUUGUUUAGCCGCUAAAUUGAAUAAGCCACUUUUGAUUCACGAACGUUCUGCUCAAGCUGAUGUGUUAGAUAUACUUGAGAGGUUUGUCGAAUUAUUUUUUUCUUUUUCGGUGGGUCAUAAAUUUAAGCUCAAAUUACCUUUCAGAUUUCCGACUGUACAGCAGAUUGUGAUCAGAAGUUUUAUGGGCACCACUGAAGAGGCAAUAAAAUACCUUGAACGCGGGUACUAUCUCGGUUUUACUGGUUAUUUAUGUAAAGAUAAAUCAGACACUGGUGUACGCAAGCUUCUCGAAGAAAAAAUUCUACCUUUGGAUCGAUUGCUUGUAGAAACUGAUUCACCAUUUAUGUAUCCAAAUACAAGAGCUUCGAAAUUACCGCAACAUGUUAAGACUGGAAUAACUGACCGUUCUCUUUUAUUUUUGCACAGAUAUUGCACAUUUCAACGAAACGAACCAUGCAGUCUACCAGCAAUUGUCGAAAUGAUAGCUGCCUUUAUGAAUAAUACACCCGAUGAAGUGGCCUUAGCAACAGCCUUUAAUGCUUUAAAACUCUUCGGCUUAUCACAAUAAUUUUUAUCAAUUUUGUAUUACGAACGCACCUCAUCGAGUUGAGGUGUCUGCACAAUGAUCGGGAGAUGUAAAUGGAAUAAUGACUUGGAUCAUAAUUUUUUUUUAUCCAGUUAGUAAUCUCAAUCCAAUACAUUUCGUUGUUCCAAAGAAACUCUUCCCUAAAUUGGUGUACAGAAAAUCAUCACAAAGAGCACAAUAAUCGCAUGUGUUAAUUGGAACACUUUUAUACAUUAACACAAGCAAUAUAUUUAUUUGACGAAAGUGGAGUCAGAUGCUAUUUAACUUUCAUCUAGAGAUAUUAAGUGAAAUUGAUAUAAAAAAUAGGAUAGGACGAAGCUAUGAUUUUAUUUAAAUUAAUUUUUAAUGCAUUAGCAACAUUGUUCGUUGUGAUAAAAAUUAACGCUAAGCUCAUAAAACAAAAACAA